UACAUGAAAUUUUAUUUUUCUCUUUCUACCUAGAGUGAGUGGGCUGGGCUUGGGGCCGGAAGCGGAAGUGUUGGCCGGUGCCGGAGUUCUACUGUGGCCAUGGAGGAGUCUACGACCAAGGAACCCGUGCUGGACGCCAAAUCGGAGGUCACCUGCCAGCUUGUAGAUUUUCAGUGGAAACUGGGCAUGGCUGUGAGCUCGGACAGCUGCAGAUCCCUCAAGUAUCCUUACGUGGCAGUGAUGCUAAAAGUGGCAGAUAAUUCUGGCCAAGUAAAGAGCAAGUCCAUCGAAAUGACAAUUCCACAGUUUCAGAAUUUCUACAGACAGUUCAAGGAAAUUGCAGCUGUAAUUGAGACUGUGUGAGAACUGACUCCUGAUUCUAAAGUAUUGGACUCUACUUAUGAAAGAGAACUGCAUAUGGGUCAAAGAUUUAUACAUUGAAGAUUGUGCUUCUUUGGUUGGAGAGAUGGAUGACUCAGAGGUUAAGAGUGCUGGCUGCUCUUUGGAGGACCUUAGUUCAGUUCCCAGCACCCACAUGGUAGCUCACAAGUGAAUGUAACUCCACUACCAGGGGAUCCUACACCUUCACACACAGAUGCGUGCGGGUAAAACACCAAUGCACAUAAAAUAAAAAUAAUUAAUUAAAGAAAU